UGGAGCCCGCUCGUCGGCGUGGUGGCCCAACCCAUUACGACAGCACUCCAUUAUCCACGUAGCCGCCUUCCUCUCGCGCGGUGGCCGCUAUCUUGGGCCUUUGGCCGAGGAGGAUUUCUUCUCGCGCUUCGUCCCCAGAGCCGACCAACCCGCCGCCGCACUGCCGCAGUGCUCUUCCGCCCAUGCGAUCUUCAGCGCUGGCCCCCGACGCGCCCUCGAAUACAAGGGAGAGGUUUCAAGCAUGGUACCAAGCAACAUGGAGGAGCCCCUUGUUGGGAGAAACAUUGAGAAGACAGGAGGGCCAAAAGAGAGCCGUGUGGUGACUGAGGUCAAGAAGCAGCUGUACCUUGCCGGGCCUCUCAUCGCCGGAUGCCUCCUGCAGAACGUCGUCCAGAUGAUAUCAGUCAUGUUUGUCGGUCAUCUCAGUGAGCUCGCUCUCUCGAGUGCCUCCAUCGCCACCUCCUUUGCCGGUGUCACUGGCUUCAGCUUGUUGGCUGGCAUGGCAAGCAGCUUGGACACACUCUGUGGGCAAGCCUUCGGGGCAAAACAGUACCAUCUUCUCGGCAUCUACAAGCAGAGGGCUGUACUUGUGCUUACUAUGGUGAGCGCUGUGGUCGCGAUAGUCUGGUCGUACACCGGGCAGAUACUUCUGCUCGUCGGCCAGGACCCGGAGAUUGCUAUGGGGGCAGGGAGCUACAUCCGGUGGUUGAUUCCAGCUCUAUUUGUUUACGGACUUCUGCAGUGCCAUGUCCGGUUCCUGCAGACGCAAAACAUAGUUCUCCCGGUGAUGAUGAGCUCAGGUGUCACAGCGCUGAACCAUGUCCUUGUGUGCUGGUUGUUGGUGUACAAGCUUGGGAUGGGCAAUAAGGGUGCUGCCUUGGCCAAUGCCAUCUCUUACCUGGCCAAUGUGUCCAUCUUGGCUAUCUAUAUCAGGGUCUCUCCAACCUGUAAGAACACCUGGAUAGGGGUCUCAAAGGAGGCGUUCCGUGACCUUUUUAGCUUCAUGAGGCUUGCCGUUCCAUCUGCUCUUAUGGUUUGCUUGGAGUGGUGGUCAUUUGAGCUCCUGGUACUUCUCUCUGGACUUCUCCCGAAUCCUAAGCUCGAAGCGUCAGUAUUGUCCAUCUGCCUAAACACCAGUUCGUUAAUAUUCAUGAUCCCUUUCGGGCUUGGGGCAGCCAUAAGCACCCGUGUUUCAAACGAGCUUGGUGCUGGGCGGCCGCAAGCUGCCCGUCUGGCUACUCGUGUGACCAUGGCUAUGGGUCUUGUGACGGGUGUAUCAUUAGGACUUCUUAUGAUUUUGGUGCGCAAUGUAUGGGGGUACUCUUACAGCAAUGAGAAGGAAGUUGUGGAAUACAUUUCCAGAAUGAUGCCAAUUCUGGGCAUUGCAUUUGUUUUCGAUGAUCUGCAAUGUGUCCUUUCAGGUGUUGUUAGGGGUUGUGGUUUGCAAAAGAUUGGUGCUUGUGUCAAUCUCAGUGCAUAUUACCUUGUCGGAGUUCCAGCAGCAUUAUGCUUUGCCUUUUUCUACCAUUUUGGCGGAACGGGACUUUGGUUCGGAAUAAUGUGUGGACUCGUCGUGCAGAUGCUGCUGCUACUGUCCAUCACCAUGUACACCGACUGGGAGAAAGAAGCUUCGAAGGCAAAGGACAGAGUUUUCAGUUCUUCCCUGCCUAUAGACAUGGCCACAUGAACAUGCGAGAUGCAUCUUUGACAGAACACGGUGCAAGGAAAGAAAUGGAACUCACGAAGAAUUUGUCGCGGAGAAAACUGCUUCGUCUCAAUGCCACCAGCAUGUCACUUCCUUCAGAGACAGCCGAAGAAUGAUCUGAAUUUGUGAUUUUUUGUCGAUGGCGUGGGAUAAGAUAUUUUGAAAGCAAAGGCAUGGCGCUUGAUAUUACAAGGCCAUAAGGGAAUAAAGAGUUUUGUUGAGUAGAGGAAAACGUAGUAUGGACAUGACAUUUCUUUUGAGAAUUUAGUAGACUAUUUUAUUGAUUAUAAAAUCAGACUUUUCUUCU